AUGGGGGCCACCCUGUGGCUCCUGGGCCUUUCUCUGCCCACUCUGGGUGCCCAGAUCCUAAUCAGCUGUGCCUACAAGACUCUGUGCCAGCUGGCCUUACUGUCGGGUAAUGAUGUGGUCCUGCAGUGUGACCACCCCAACCCCCUCUGGUACUUCUCCUCCCUCCUGGAGAAGGAAGCCAUUCUGCUCUCCUUCGUGCCCAACGUCAAGAAACUGCCCGCGGGAAGCCUGCAGCUGACCAACCCGCAGGCCUCCCAGACGGGCCUCUACAGCUGUCAGGACCGCAACAAUGCCCUCGUGGUGGAGUACGAGAUAGACUUCCAGGACGUCUCCAAACUUCACGUCACGCACAAGGACCUGGGCCAAGAGCCCCUGCAGAACGAGACGCUGGACCUGGAUGGCAGGGUCCGCCUCUUCACCCACUGGGCACCCUGGCAGGACUGUAACCGCUGUGGGGAGCCGGGGGAACACAAGCGCCUGGGCUACUGCUACCUGGAGGAGCCUCAGGAAAAAGCCGUGCCCUGCAGGCUCUACCUGAGAACGGAGAAGGUGCAGUCCCGCCGCCUGCGGCCCGAACUCCAGGUGGAAGCCUGCCUGGCACCCUGCGACCACAUCCAGGAGGUGUGCCAGCCUUACUUCAUCUUCGACGUUUACCAGCCCAGCAAGCUGACUGACAACAUCUGGCUCACCUGCCCCCUGGCCUCCAUCUACAGGUGA